AUGGUCGUCGCCGGCGAAUUUUACGCGCUUCGCGGCGGACGGACACACACACACACACACACACACACACACACACACACACACACACACACACACACACACACACACACACACACAAAGCUCAUCCCCAUCGCGGGUCAGUCCCGACCAGAGCAGUGUUUACUCCACUGCUCUGGUCCCGACCUCUUCUUCUUCCGGGUAACGGGGUUUUGCAUCCGGCAGUCCGACGUACCUCGUAGGCUAAUUGCUGUGCCGCGCAUAGACAUCAGUGGCGAUUGCUCUAAAGCCGCGUUCAGACCAGCCGCGACCUGA